AUGUCCGACAGAUCUGCGACGCCUCGGUCAACCGUGCACUCAACCGCCUCGCUGCUGCCUUCUUGGCCCCAACUGCCUCGCCCAACCUACGCAGUUGCUCCUAUCCCAACCUCGAGCUCUAGGACCAGCUCUACUCGUUCUGCUGUCAACACCUCGUUGCGCUCGCCGAGCUACGAGAGGUCUGCGCCUUACCCGACAUCUCGACCUCCUCGCGCCGAAGCGUUCCAUCAACUUUCUCCAUCGCAGAGCACCUCAACGAUGCAUGAGGCUGAGCUGUAUCGCACGCGCGAAGCGCUGCAGUCGCAUCUGGAACGUCGGCAGCAGCCGUCGUCCUCGUCACGCCAGUCUGCACCACAGCCGCACCGCAGCACCUCCAGCAGCUCUCAGACUGGAUCCUCCAACGCAGCCUCCAACGCGCAGCCAUGCAGCAAGGAGGCACAGCACAAGGUGUAUUUGCUCAACUGCAAACACUGCGGCAACUUCUUGAGUGACCGCGGGAUGAAGGCAGUCCUGCUGCUCAAGCCCAACAUCACUUUGUACAGCACCGACAUUGUUCCUUCAACCUGCGGACCGUUCUUUGCAGGUUCGACUUUCCACGGCGGCAUGGACCCGAACGAGCCGCCGGUGGAGCGAACGUGCCAGUGCCUGACGCAGAGCCUGGGUUGCUACGGGUGCGGAGCGCAGGUGGGGUACAACAUCAUCUCGCCGUGUGCCCGCUGUACGAGCAGCGUGAUGAAGCACUCGAGGAGCUCCAACGGUCACCGCACAGUGCUGCACUGCUCCGAAAUUGCAGUCCGCGAGCGUCGCUACAUUCCAGGCGAGCCGGGCGUUCGAGCCCAGCCCACCCCUACUGCUGCUGCUGCUCAAGCGCAGCGGAGUCCAAUAGCCACUCAUGCUGAAGCUCUCUUGGAUGAGAACUUCGACCAGACGUCGCAGCUGGAGCUGUUCCGCCACAGUAACGUGUCACGUCGAGACAUUUACCGGCUGCAGUUCGGGAUGGACGAAGACGAACUGGAAGCCGAAAAGGCUGAGAUCAACGCGGCGCACCACUUGCAGCAACCACAGCAGUACAUGCUUCGAGACUCGCGCGGCGCUGGCUAUCCACCCGCUCACGACUCGAACAUGGCUCUGAACAAUGGGCACAGGAGCUCUUCAGCUCCUUCUUCGUCCGCCAAACGGGGCCGUGUGCUUCGUCGAGGCGACACUUUGUACUGGAGCGACCUGGUUGCUGGCGGCGAGCGAGCGCAGCCUUUUGACCCUGACCCGAUCCUCGAGAGGCCUAUCGUUGGCAGGUAG